AUGGCGGGCAGCGACGUGGCGUGUGAGGGGCCCACGCGGAGGGGAGGCGCGACCCGGAGACCCGGUGCUCCCGGCGGGCUGCGCAGCCAGGCAGCGGCCAGCAGCUCUGAGCCGCUGUCCGCUGCUGAAGCUCCGGCCGAGCGCGGCGCGCUGCCCGCCUGGAUGCGCCUGUACUUCUACGGGAUGCACGGCAUCACCCUGGACGUGCUGGUGUCCUCCGCCAGGCGCUUCGCCCGCAGCCUGGACCUGCGGAUGCUGGGCUUCUCAUCGCCCUACCGCUGCCUCCUGCACUCGCUCACCCACUUCGCCCUGGAGCAGCUCUACCUGCAGCGGCCGCGCUGCCCCAGCGCCUUCCUCUUCAAUUUCCUGCUCUACCCCUGGGCGCACGUGGGGCUGCAGACCCUGGCGGGCCAGGCGAUGGUGCUCAGCCUAGGCGGCGGGCCGGGGGGCGCGGCGGCGGCGCCGGGGGCGCUGGACCUGGCGCUGCAGUACGUACUGGCGCUCUACCACGGCCAAGUGUUCCUGAAGCGCUUCCUGCGUUUGCGGUACCCGCGGCAGCGCCAGCAGCAAACCAGGGACACGCUACCGGCAGCCCCGGACGCCCGAGUCCUUUUGGAGGCUGGUGGCCGGCGACAAGGACCCCGCGGCCCCAAGGGCGCCGAAGGAGCCCCUAGCCAAGGACUACCAGACUUCCUCCGCUUCCUUUUCUUUGGAAUGCAUGGCUUUCUGGAUGAGAUCUUCUUCACUUUCUUCUUCAAUGUGCUGGGGCAGGGGGACGGGGCCAGCGGUGGACACACGUCGCUCUGGUCCUUCUUCAUGUAUGGCAGUUGUAGUUUUGUGGUGGAGAAACUCUACUUCCAUCUUCAUUACAGUCGUGGCUGGGGCACCUGGAAGCGGGUGCCCAUCUAUGUGAUCUUUAUCUACGCCUGGGAGUUGUCCUGGGGCCUGGGGCUUCGCAUGUGUGGGGCCUGUUCCUGGGACUAUUCUCACUAUCCACUCAAUUUCAUGGGCCUCAUCACUCUGAUGUAUUUACCUGGUUGGCUGUUCCUUAGUGUGUACCAGGACCUACUGUCCAACGUGUUGUGGCGGGUGCAGUAUGUCCCAACAAACUAA